UGUAUCUUGAGCGGCAAAUACUUCAUCAUUUUGUAUCCCUUUGUGAAUUGUAACGCUAACCUAAAACACAUAGAGUAGUGAAAAUUAAAAUAAUAUUUUAUAACAGUAAUAUUUUUUAAAAUGACAGAAAAAGCAAAAACUAUAAGUCACGUGAAACAUAUUCCAAAAGAUGCCCAAGUUAUAAUGUCCAUUAUGAAAGAUAUGGGGAUCACAGAUUAUGAACCGAAGGUUAUAAAUCAGUUACUUGAAUUUACGUAUCGUUAUGUCACUUGUAUAUUAGACGAUAGUAGAAUUUACGCAAAUCAUGCGAAAAAGAAAUUUAUCGACUUGGACGAUGUUAGAUUGGCAGUGAAGAUGCAAUUAGAACGUACUUUUACCAAUCCACCACCGAGAGAUGUAUUACUGGAUGUUGCCAGAGCAAAAAACAAUAUACCGCUUCCAUUUGUUAAACCAAGUAAUGGGUUGAGAUUGCCACCUGAUAGAUACUGUUUAAAUGCAACAAAUUACAAACUGAAAAAUGUAACAAAGAAAAUGAUUGGGAAGCCGUUACAUUCUUUAGUUGGAAACAAUAUACAGGGUGGUCAAUCUAAAAUUAAAGUAGAAGGCAAUAAGACUGGUCUUUCAAUAGUUAAAAGACCUGGAACACUUGCAACAGUAGCUAGAACCCAAACUAUUUCAAUGCCAAAGCCAGUUUUAAAGUUUUCAACAGCAUCAUCAGGAGGAGCUACUGUAAAAGCACAAGUAGCUAAGCCGAAAAUACAAAUUUCCUCGGGUCAAACAAUGCCGCCUGUUAAGGUAGAGGUAGAAGAUUCGAUGAAAAGGAAGAGAGAAGACGAUGAUUAUGACGUACCAUAACAAUAAAUAAUAGAUAUUGAAUAAACUUUUAUUUUAUGCUUUUAUUGUAUGAAAAAAACGUCGAACGACCUCUUUAAUUUAUACCUUCCAAUGGUGUUUAAUAAUUUGAAAUAUCAGCACCUAUAAUUACAAUUAAAUUUCAAACGAUUGUUAUAUUUCGUAUUAGAAAGCGCUGUAUAAAGUAUACGUAAUUAAUACGUUUUUAUGUUUCAAUUAAUAUGUUUUAUACAUAGUACUUUUUUUGAUCAUAAUAGACGCUGAAUAAUAAUGAAUUAUUUUGAAUAAAUUUCAUUUUAAGUUCA